AUGGACAAAAAUGCAUCGCCCGCUGUAAGCGAUGAGUUACAGUUGCACCACCGUAAGGCAGAGAAAGCUCAAACCAUCCUUAAAGGAGAUUGCGCUUUUUACCAGCAAUCAGGAAGUGAUACUUGCAUAAUAACAGUAGAUCUAGGAAAAGUAUUAUUCGUUCCAACGUUAACUCACUACGAUAUGUAUUACAUGAGGCAACUGUCUGUUUACAAUUUCAGUGUGCAUAUUGCUGAUACAAAUGAAGCCUUCAUGUGUGUUUGGAAUGAAACCGAAGCUUCCAGGGGUUCUUAUGAAAUCAUGUCCUGCUUACUGAAGGUUUUAAAUUCCAACGUUACAGAAAAGGAAAAACUGAACAUAUGGUGUGACAACUGCACCGGGCAGAAUAAGAAUCGGGAGGCAAUAUUUUUAAUGCUGUUUUCAACAUCUAUCGGUCUAUUCACAGAAAUAACUAUGAAAAUCCUCGUUAGUGGUCACAGCUACUUACCUAAUGAUCGUUAUUUCGCACAGAUAGAUAGGAGAAGAAGACUUGAAAAAUGUUUCGUGCCUGAGGACAUAGAACAACUCAUCAGAGAUACCAGAUCAAUACGGCCAUAUAAAGUUGUAAAAAUGAAACCUAGACACUUUUUGAAUCUGCAACGAGCUGCGGAUUCCUUGAUAUCUACUACUAAGCUUUCAAUAUCAACGUUGUCACAGAUACGAGUUACAAAAGAUAACCCAGGAUAUGUGUUUUUUAAAAAAUCGCACAGUGAUAUCGAAGAUUGGCAAAAGAUAAAAGUUCUCAAGAAAAAUAUAUCUGGGGACCAAAUAAAAAACGUACAGAUAUUUGGACAGGAAUCGACCCCAGAACUUAAUGAAGCUAAAAAGCAAAAUUUACGUGCUAUGAUUCCAUAUCUUCAUUCACCAGAGCACCGGGAGUUCUACCAAAAACUCACAGAAUAG